AUGGGCUCAUCUCACCCAGAUUCCGAUAUUCACCCUGAAGCAACUGGUCCCGCCGCUCAUAUUGUCGCCGAGCACCAGAAAGAAGAACCUAUCACCUUGUAUUCUGGCUGGUUCUGCCCUUUCGUCCAAAGAUCCUGGAUCACUCUUGAAGAGAAGAAGAUACCGUACCAUUAUGUCGAGAUCAACCCUUACAACAAAGAUCCUAGCUUCCUGAAACUCAACCCGAGGGGGCUUGUCCCGACAUUGGGCGCUCCGCAGAAGGAUGGAUCGCAGAAGCCGUUGAUCGAGUCGAACAUUAUCUCGGAGUAUCUGGAUGCAUCGUUCCCCACGCAGGGACCCAAACUUUUCCCUCAAGACCCCUUUGAAAAUGCUUAUAUGAAAAUUUGGGUCGAUCACGUUACCACCAGGAUCCUGCCAGCUUACCACAGAUUCUUGCAGUGGACAGAGAAGAGCCCAUACAGUCUGGAGAAGGCUAAGACCGAGUUUUUGAAUGCUCUCAAAACCUGGAUCUCCGCGGCAGACCCAGAAGGACCCUACUUUCUGGGCAAGGAGUUCAGCUUCGGAGACAUAUGUCUUGCUCCUUGGGCGAUGCGAAUGUGGGUUCUGGACCACUAUAAAGGAGGUGAUGGGAUCCCAGCUCCGGGUGAGGACGGCGAAGACCAGCAGGCCUGGGAUCGAUGGCAUAAAUGGGUCAAAGCUAUAGAAGCGAGGAAGUCCGUGACCGAGACCUUGAGUGAGCGCGAGCAUUACCUGCCUAUCUAUCAACGAUAUGCCGAAGAUAGGGCUCAGUCGGAGAUGGCCAAGGCGACAAGAGAGGGCAGAGGUGUUCCCUAG